AUCUAAGCACGACUUUUUCAAAUGUGAUCCCUUAUGUAACUAUAUAUCUAUUAGUAGUUGGCAUCGUCCUCCUAGCUCAUUGCCUCUCUCGAUAUAACUCUAUUCCUUAUCUCGAUCUCUUUUUCUCUUUUCUUUUGCAUUACUUAUCUCAAUGGGAUCAACCACGGCGGGCGUUCUCUUCCUUCUCCUUCUAGCGGGAGCCCCUGCCGUCUUGGCCGUGACUUUUAAGGUCGGUGAUGUUGCUGGCUGGACCAGUGGUGUCGAUUACACGACUUGGGUCACUGGAAAGACAUUCAGAGUCGGUGACACUCUAGAGUUCAAGUACGGUCCUUCACACUCUGUGUCCGUUGUGAAUAAAGCUGGCUUCGAUGCCUGCGACAGUAGCGGAGCUACGCAAAGCUUCUCAGGCGGAGAUACUAAGAUCAAUCUUACAACAGUUGGAACUAUACACUUCAUUUGCCCUACUCCUGGUCAUUGCCUAGGUGGCAUGAAACUCGCCGUUCCCGUCCUUGCUCCGGCCACUCCUUCCCCAAAAUCUCCACCGCUUGCCCCACGCUCUCCGCGUAAACCUAAGACUCCAUCUCCAUCAGAGUCGCCCUCCCCUUCGCCGUCCUUGCCGACUUCAACAACCCCUUCUCCGUCAAACGCAGCGUUUAAGGGAGUCACGGUGAGCUAUGGAAUGAUGGGGCUCACCAUGUUACUGAUAUUUGUUGCCAUGAGCUAAAUUACAUAGUGUACAGAGCUUUGUUUGCUCAAUAUUGUUUUUUGGUCUGGAUCUUUGUAACUACUAUUACUACACUACUAUCACCUGCUUUUGUUUCUAAUGAUUUUUUCCUUGUCAUUUUCAUUUUUGUAAUUG